AUGGACCGCGGAGCUGCCGCGGCCCAGGGCACUGCCCCGCCUCAGGAUGGAGAGCAGCCCGCGGAGUCUCCAGAGCCGCCGCCGCCGUGGCCGCCGCCGCAGCCACCGCCGCCGCAGGCUCCUCCGCUGCUCCACGCGCCUUCGCCAGAACCCGCACCACAGUUCUGUCCAGAGCCUGCUCCAGAACCCUGUCCGGAGGCGACCCCAAAACCAGCCACAGAACUAGACACAGAACCGAUCCCAGAACCAGAUACACAACCGGCCCCAGCGCCAAGCCCAGAACCAGCCACAGAAUUAAACACAAAACUGAUCUCAGAACCAGCCAAGAAACCGGCCUCCAAACCGGCCCCAGAACCAGCUCCGGAACCAGCCACAGAACCGGCCCCAGAACCAGCCACAAAACCGGCCUCAGAGCCGACCCCAGUACCAGCCAUAGAACCGGCCCCUGAGCCGGCCCCAGAACCAGCCACAGAACCAGCCACGGAGUCCUGCCGUGAGCCGGCUCCAGAGUCCUGUCCGGAGCCGAGUCCAGCACUAGGUCUAUUGCAACGUCCGGUGGUCGCUCCAGAGAGGAGUCUGGGAACCUCGUCAUCGCCCCGAACGCCCGUGCUGUUGUCCAGCAUAAAGAAAAUACUGAAAGAAGGACCUCUGCUGAAGAACUGUAACUCCUUCAAGAGAUGGAAGCUUAGAUAUUUUCUGGUUCGAGGACAAAGGCUCUGCUUUGCACACCAUCCUGCGUUUGCACGCUUUGAAACAAUUGAUCUGUCUCAGGUCGCCUUGGCAGAAAGCAGCUGUAGAAACCUUUACCACAGUUUUUGUGUGAUCACACCACAACGAAAAGUUACCCUGGCUGCACCCAACCGGAAAGACAUGGAAGAAUGGAUUAACGUCAUAAAAACUGUCCAACAGGGAGAAAUUCGUAAGAUACCUGCAGCAGAAAACAACCCUUUCCUUGUUGGAAUGCACUAUUGGUACUUCAGCUACAGCCCUCAGACCCAGCACUGCAAUGUUUGUCGGGAGGGCAUUCCUGCCUUAUCUAGAGAUGUUAUCAUCUGUGAAGUGUGCAAAGUUAAGUCUCACAAAUUAUGUGCUUUGAGAGCAAGCAAAGACUGCAAGUGGAAUACCUUGUCCAUCACUGAUGACCUUCUCCUGCCUGCAGAUGAAGUAACUAUGCCCCAUCAAUGGGUAGAAGGAAACAUAUCUAUCAGUUCUCAGUGUGCAGUAUGUCAUGAGAACUGUGGCAGUUACCAAAGACUUCAAGACUUCCGAUGUCUCUGGUGUAAUUCUACGGUGCAUGAUGACUGCCGAAGACGGUUUUCCAAGGAAUGCUGCUUUGGAAGUCAUCGAACAUCAGUCAUUCCUCCCACUGCCCUCAGCGACCCUAAAGGAGAUGGCCAAUUAGUAGUAUCUUCAGACUUCUGGAGUCUCGAUUGGUCAUCAGCCUGUUCAUGUCCCCUUCUCAUCUUCAUUAACUCCAAAAGUGGCGAUCAUCAAGGGAUCGUCUUCCUCCGAAAAUUCAAGCAAUACCUUAACCCAUCUCAAGUGUUUGACCUGUCGAAGGGCGGACCUGAAGCGGGGCUGUGCAUGUUCAAGAACUUUGCUCGCUUUCGCAUUGUGGUUUGUGGUGGAGAUGGCAGCGUGAGCUGGGUCUUAUCUCUGAUUGAUGCCUUCGGAUUACAUGAAAGGUGUCAGCUGGCAGUCAUCCCUCUUGGAACCGGCAAUGAUCUGGCCCGUGUCCUAGGCUGGGGUGCAUCCUGGAACAAAAACAAGUCGCCUCUGAACAUCCUCAGCAGAGUGGAGCAGGCUAGUGUGAGGAUUCUGGACAGAUGGAGUGUGAUGAUCCGUGAGACUCCCAGACAAACCCCAUUGCUAAGAGGACAAGUUGAAAUGGAUGUACCCCGAUUUGAGGCUGCUGCCAUCCAGCACUUAGAAUCUGCAACCAUUGAGUUGGACAAAAUCCUGAAGGCCAAGUACCCCACAGAGAUGAUUAUUGCAACCAGAUUCCUGUGCUCAGCAGUGGAAGAUUUUGUGGUUGAUAUUGUAAAGGCCUGGAGUCAGAUAAAACAGAACAAUACAGCAAUAGAGUCUGUGAUUUUGAAAAGUGACUUAAUGUAUGAUAAACUCAGUGUCCUGAUUGAUGUCCUGGCUGAUGAGGCAGCAGUUGAGAAGAGUGCUACAGGAAGUGCAGACAGUGGCAAGGCAGAUGGAGAGCCCUUCGUCCCUCAAAUAGACCACAUAGCCAAGUGCAAGUUGGAGCUGGCCACAAAGGCCCAGAAUCUCCAGAAAUCCUUGAAGCUCAUCAUAUUCCAAGUUGAACAAGUUCUAGAUGAGCAAAGUCGACAGACAAUAUCGGUUAAGAACUUUACUUCAACUUUAUUCCUGGAAAGUGACUCAGAAGAUACUAACCAGACGAGCCCAAAACAUGGUUCUCGUUGUGGCACUAUGACUUCUAUAUCUUCUCUUAAAAGGGAGGACCUAGAUAACCUCAAUUUAGAGCACUUACAUUUUACACCUGAAACUAUACGCUUCAAAGAAAGGUGUGUCAUGAACAAUUAUUUUGGAAUUGGACUGGAUGCUAAAAUUUCUCUGGAAUUCAACACCAGAAGAGAUGAACACCCAGGACAAUACAAUAGCCGCAUCAAGAACAAGAUGUGGUAUGGCCUUCUGGGAAGCAAGGAACUUUUCCAUCGCUCUUACAGGAAACUGGAAGAACGAGUGCGCCUGGAGUGUGAUGGAGAAGCCAUCUCCUUGCCGAACCUGCAAGGCAUUGUAGUGCUCAACAUUACCAGCUACGCUGGAGGUGUCAACUUUUGGGGAAGCAGCACAGCAACCACAGAAUAUGAGGCUCCUGCGAUAGAUGAUGGGAAGCUGGAGGUAGUGGCAAUCUUUGGUUCCGUACAGAUGGCAAUGUCCCGUAUCAUCAACCUGCAUCAUCAUCGCAUUGCCCAGUGCCGUGAGGUGAUGAUAACCAUUGAUGGUGAAGAAGGUAUCCCAGUGCAGGUGGAUGGGGAGGCCUGGGUUCAGAGGCCAGGCCUUAUCAAGAUUAGAUACAAGAAUGUUGCCCAGAUGCUGACAAGAGAUCGGGACUUUGAGAACUCAAUGAAAAUGUGGGAGUACAAGCAUACUGAAAUUCAAGCUGCCUCUCAACCCCAGCUGGACUCCAAGGAAUCUCAAUAUAGCCUCUCUGAUGAGGAGUAUGCCCAGAUGCAGCACUUAGCUCAGCUUGCAGAAAAUCUCAUCAGCAGACUUACUGACCUGAGCAAGGUCCACCAGCAUGUGUCUGUCCUCAUGGAUUCUGUGAAUGCCAGUGCUAACAUCUUGAAUGAUAUAUUUCACAGCCAAGACAGUGGCAAUGAGGCAGGUGCAGCUUCCUGCACUCCUAUUGAGACUCUAAACAGAAAUGACGCAGUAGAUGUUACAUUUAGUCUUAAAGGGCUCUACGAUGACACCAAAGCUUUCCUGGAUGAAAACUUGCUGAGAAAUGCUGAGGAUGAGGCCACACUACAAACCGCCCUGGAUGCCAUGAAUAAGGAGUUUGAAAAGCUAUCCAAGAUUGACUGGAUGAGUUCAAUCCUUGUUCCAGAGGAAAAGUCUUCAGACACUGACAGUAGAAAAUUGAAAGUUAAGUUCCCCAAAUUGGGGAAGAAGAAGCUAGAAAAGGAAGACAAGCCUAAAUCAGGCCAAAGAGUUCGGAGUUUUAUUGGAAAUUUGUGGCAUCGCAGAAAUCGUGAAGAUGAAGCAAAAGAUGAUGAACCUCCAAUGUCAUCAAGAUCUCAACUGUAG